AUGAGCUGUACAGAGUGCAACAUGUAAACAUCUUUCAUAUAAGAAGAUGCUAUAGACGACGUUCACAUUGCCAAUGACUGAGGUAGUGUGAAUGACGUUAAUGUGAUCGAUCAUAUUACAUCACGAUGAAAAACAAUUUUGCCUUCUGAUGAGCUCUAAUUCGUUCUAAUUUGCACACAACUUCGAAAUCGAAUUUGGAAGACAAAGAAAAGAACACAAAACAAUUUAUAUGGUAAUGAAUAGGUGUUUGUGAUGUGUGCUGUUGUUAUCCGGCCAUGUCAAAUAGCCAAAAUACUUUGAAAACAACAGUCCUUAAUGUAUAUAGCAGAGUCAUAUAGAAGGGUGUAGUUGUUAUUCGAAAGUCAUAGAUACGCUUGAAGAGCGUGGGGCUCUUCUCGUACUCAAUGGGUGAAAGGUGAGAAGAUAUCGCUUCAGAAACUACUUAAAUAAUUAGGUUAAAAAAGCGAAAACAUUUGUUGAACGAAGGAACUUUAAAUGGCAAGAGUGCUCUUGAACAACACCAUUGUUGGCUUUCUUCUACUUCUCGUUUUUGCCAACGUGAACGCAGAAAAUGACGAUUUACAACUGAUUCUUCUCUAUCGCGAUGUCAUCGACGCGAAGUUGGCUACGGCACCUUGUCAACAUGACUACAACCUCUUACAUGAUGAGGACAUCAUACAAGAUUAUUCUUUCUGGAACAAAGACAUUGAAACCGUGCGAAAUGUUGCCAGUUACCUCAUGUCAAUGUGGCCAUUUAAAGACUCGCAGAAUCGAUCUUUGGUCGAAAGUGUACAAGCAAUCUAUACACUUGUAAAGACGAUAACAUUAUCAUCGGAUCAGAUAUUUGGCUCUGCAAUUUGUUUCGACAAGAGUAUGUUCCAAGGACGACAAUUUUGUCCGUACGCCUUUGAAUUAUACCCUGGUACAAACGCGAGUUACAAAACAAUUAUUAGCGAUUGGGGAAGACUGUACGACUAUCUAUCUCCUCCAAAUCCGAACAGAAAAUUCUCAGGUGAAGAUAACUUUACCUGGUGGCGAAUUAGUGAGGAAUAUCGCCGAAACAUCACGCUUCCAUACAACACAGUUUCUUACGACGUCGAUUUACAUCGACGUUUACGAAAUGUGAUUAAUGAAAAUGACACAAAUUACGGGAGACACUUCGAUACUACAACAAAUUACGUGCCUGACAAGUUGGGAAAAUGGACUACGCCAUAUUACGACUGUCAUGGGGGUAGAAUAUGGAUGUUCACUUACUUAACACCAUUUUACGACGAAGCAGGGAAGUUCCUUGGAAUUGUCACCUUCCACGUCAAUCUCGACUCCAUUGACAUCAACGAAUGCGAAGCACCACCAGACAUUCAGAUUGAUCGACGACGUAAUCGGAAACACAAAGUACAAUUUUAUGGCAAUCAUGCUUGUCAUAACAAAACGACUAAGUGUGUCCAUUUGCCCGGUGGUGGCUUCAAAAUGGGCAACUACCGCUGUGUAUGUCGGGAAGGAUAUUAUUUUCCACGGCUAGACGCAAAGAAGAAAUACUUCGAUGGGAAAGAUGUGAGCAAGGCGAAUGGUGACAACUCAAAAUUUAAUUGUCUUCCAUGUCGCGAGGGUUGCACAACUUGUGUUGAUGAUUCGCCUUGUUUGUACCAAGAACGUAUGGUUAUAAGAAAACUGAUUUUGGUCGUGAAUGGUAUGACCCAAUUUUUGGCUAUCUCUGCUGGCUUGUUCAUCUUCCUUCAUCGUGAGACAAAGAUAUUGAAAGCGUCCAGUCCAUUCAUGGUGAUCAUCGCCUUUGGUUUGACGCUUAUGUACACAGAGGUGACACUGGGCUUCUUUGAUGAAACAAUUUCACUUUGUAUUGCAAGAUCAUGGCUUUAUCAUGUUGGUUUCACAUUGGCUUUCGCUUCGUUACUUUUGAAAACUUGGAGGAUUGCGGUCAUAUUCCGUCUGCGGACGGCAAAAACCAUCGAACUUACAGAUAAAUCGUUACUGACCUACUUGUUGCUUAUGUUAUUGGCCGUCUGCUCUUAUUUCGCUAUCUGGACUUUAACACAAGAUCACGAAUAUGAGACGAUAAAGACAAAUUCCGGUUACAAAUACAGGCGCUGCGUCAAACCGUGGUUCACUAAUGCCUUUGAAAUCGGCGAGGUUUUAUUUCUGCUGUGGGGUGUUUGGCUUUGUAUCCGUGUACGAAAUGCUCCCUCAGCGUACAACGAGAGCAAGUACAUCGCCUGGUGUAUAUAUAACACUCUGUUUGUUAAGAUCGUAGUUGGUCUUCUGAGAAUUGUUCUAGAUAACUUUCACAAUCCUGAUGUCGCGUAUGUCGUAAACAGUUUGUCAACGCAUGUCAUUGCCACCGUUAUGUUGGUUUUGCUCUUUGCUUUCAAGGUAUACUUCUUGAAAAAAUACAAUGUAAAUCAAAGAAGGCGUUCUCGGGGUAGUUCGUCUAUAGCCACAACGAUGACGGAUCUUCGCAAAUCACCAUUUCAUCUUAACCGUUUGGAGGACGGUACUUUGGUGUGCGAGAACGAUGAAGAAAAAACCCGCGAGGGACUGGAAACUGAGAAUAUACAACUGAGGGAGGAAAUACGUGAUUUGACUGCGAAACUUGCAGCAUGUGAAUACAAACAACAACGAGAGCAGAGACGACAACAAGGAAGUCCACAAGAGAACAGCUACAUUUCCACGAGUAGCGAGACUCGUCACUCCAGAUUCAACAGCGAGACGGAGAGCGCUCAGGGUCGAGAGUCGGAAUCUCCAGAUAAAAUUGGUCAAAAGGUGUCGAACGUUGCCGACAGCUUGACAAGCAACGGUAGCGUUUUCACACGCGAGGAAAGAGGUGGAAGUUUAAUAGAAGAUAUUAAAAACGCUGAUCGUUUUAUCGCCCUGCCAAACGGUAGUAGCGUUUCCGAUGAAGAAACUUUAACGGUCAUGUCAAACGUUUCUACUGAAUCCUCGUGAUAUUGAAAAAAGAUUCUUGGAGGAAUAUGGCCGUGUGUUGUACUGAAGAGAAUAUUUAUAAAUCCUGCUUCAGAAAAGAUGAGAUUUGACAGUGAACUGUGGUACAACUUGACUACCAUGAAGAUGUGUCCACAUAAAGAUUAACUACUACGAGAAGACAGUUAAUUAUAAACGAUCGAAUCGACUUUCUAAACCUUUCCCACAAUAAAUAUUCAAACGCAAAAAAAA